UUUAUGGCUGAUCUGGGCACCAGGUUUUCACAACUUUGACACAAGAAUGUGAUUUCUAAGCUUUUGUUAUUACAUUGCUAAUUUGAAUACUUACAGGAUCCUCUUUUUUCUGCCUUUCACUCAUCCCUUCUCUAGCAUCCAUCUUUUUAAAAUAAUCCAAGUAUAGGUUUGAAGGAGUUGGGUGUGCAAUUAUAACUGACUCUGUUCGAUUGGGUUUCUGAUUGGUUAUGGAUUCAGGAGAAAAAUUUCUGCAGACAAAAAGUUGUGUGAAUAUUCUGCAGAUCUUAAUUGAAUCAUUUUCUUGCGUCUCAUCAUAUUUCCAUGCCUUUGUUAGACUUUGUGAAAGUAAUUCCUGGUCAUAAAUCAAAAUUCUGUCUCUCUCCCUGGAUGCUUAAAAAUGAUGUCAUAAUGUGGAUUCUUGUUAGUUUGAAAAUUUUUGAAAGAGAAGGAAAAUCUGAUAGAAAUCACUUGAACAAAUUAAUUGGAAAAGAAAAAAAUGUGACUUGGUUUUAAUUUUGGUGAGAGAAAGGGUAAGAUAAGGUUGCUAAAUAUCUCAUUUUUUUAUAUGAAAAGAAAUUUUGAGGGAGAAAGGAAGAAAAACACUGUCUGGAAUAUAAGAUAUCCUCUUAACCUAACAAUGCUCAAAAAAAGGUAUUAAAACGAAGCAAUUUAAAAAAAAAAGUAGAGUCCUGCAAACAUACUGCAUAGCACUUAAAGAGACUCCUAUGAAAGCCUCCAAAGUACAACAUGAAAAAACCAAGAAGUCACAACUGCAAAGCAAGCAGAAAUGCCUUUUCCACAACUGUAAACCCAGAAAUCACAACCGUAAACCAAGAAAUCACAACCGUAAACCAAUAAGCCCCGGAUUCCUCCAUCCUUUUUACUUUUCCCCUCCAGACAGAAGGUUACUCCUUCCUUUGGGUACUGAAGAACUAUAAAGAACUGAGGUUGGUUGUUGAUCAACGGAAAGCAUUGGAGAAGGUGAGGAUGGGAAGACAUUCGACCUUUUUGGCAGAGAAGCUGCAAAAUCUUCAGCCAGUAUCUCCGACUCUGAAGUUCCUAAGAACAGUCAGCCUUCGUCUUCCUUAACUGUUUCUUCUAACUUUGAGCCAAGAAGAUCAAGAAGCAUGCCACCAUUUAUUUCAUCAACUUCCAGUUCCAUGGUGUUCCGCCCAGAUGCAAUUUUUGUGUUGUUAAGGAAGGCAUAUAAAGAAUCUGAUUUGGGUGCUGUCUGCAGAAUUGCUUCUAGGAUCCUGUACAAGCUUAUAGAGACCGUUGCAGUGCAAGAACCAUCGACCGCUGCCAGUGAAGUUACAUUGGCUUUAGAUGAGACAUCGAAAUUUGAAUUAUCAAAUCCUGUUCCUCUAGUUGAUUACUCGAGCUUUCUUGGAGAAGAAUUUCAAAUACCUGAUGAUCAUUGGGACACUAGCAUUUUAAAUGUCUUGGAUAUAGGGGCUGUGGAAGAAGGCAUUUUACAUGUUCUUUAUGCUUGUGCGUCUCAGCCUUUGCUUUGUCGCAAAUUGGCAGAGAGUGCAUCUGAAUUUUGGUCUGCUUUACCACUUGUGCAAGCAUUGCUGCCAGCACUUCGUCCUUCUAUUAGCAUCCUGGGCGAACAUGUUGAUGAUACCUUUGCUCAAUGGAAACAGCCUUUUGUACAACAAGCCCUAUCUCAAAUUGUGGCUAUGUCUUGUUCAGCAACAUACCGUCCUCUUCUUCAUGCCUUUGCUGGCUAUUUAUCAUCCUAUUCGCCAUCACAUGCUAAAGCUGCAUGUGUUCUGAUUGAUUUAUGUUCCAGCGUGCUAGCACCUUGGAUGGCUCAAGUCAUUGCAAAGGUUGAUCUAACUGUGGAGCUUCUAGAGGACCUUCUGGGCACAAUUCAGGGUGCUCGCCAUUCCCCAGCUCGUGCACGUGCUGCACUCAAAUACAUUGUGCUGGCUUUGUCUGGCCACAUGGAUGAUAUAUUGGGAAAGUAUAAGGAAGUUAAGCACAAAAUUCUCUUUCUUCUGGAGAUGUUAGAGCCUUUUCUUGAUCCUGCCAUCUAUGCGCUGAGGAGCACCAUAGCAUUUGGCGAAGUUUCUUUCACUUUUAUGGAAAAGCAGGAACAAACUUGUCUAAUUUCUCUAAAUGUUAUCCGUACAGCUGUCCAAAAGCCAGCGGUCCUUUCUUCCCUAGAAUCUGAAUGGAGGCGUGGAUCAGUUGCUCCUAGUGUACUUCUCUCCAUAUUGGAGCCUCACAUGCAACUGCCUCCUGAAAUUGACCUGUGCAAAUCUCCUAGUUCUAAAAAUUUUGAGCAUGAAGCUUUAAGUGCUGUGUCCCAUCCUUCUGUUAUUCGCUAUCCAGGCGCUUCUUCAAAACCAAAUAGCCAAGAUGAUGCAGAUGGGAAAGUGGAUAUUCCUGAUAAUGGUGCGAAGAUGGAUAUAUUAGAAGAUGUCAGUCUUCUUUUUGCUCCAACAGAACUACGAACCAUAGUACUGACAAAUGUUUCCUGCAGUCCCAAUGAACAUACCUUGGAUACCAAUUGUAAGGACACAAACUCAGAAUUAAGACAUGUAAUCGAGGAGAAAUGUAGUCACCUGUUUCCAAAUGGCUUAAUAUUAGAUGCUGGAGUUACUGCCGAACAUUUCAACUUGCAAGCAGACUUCUUUCAACUCAUAAACUAUCGUGACUGUGAACUUAGAGCUUCUGAAUUUCGACGCCUGGCUUUUGAUUUGCACUCACAGAAUGAUAUAGCUGUUGAAGGUCAUGAUGCAUCAAUAGAUGCUUUGCUCUUGGCAGCAGAGUGCUAUGUGAAUCCCUUUUUCAUGAUGUCUUUCGGAUCCAGUCCAAAAUUAGCAAGCUCCAUGAGUAAUAGUGACACUAAAAGAACAAAAAUAUAUGAAGUUCCAGAACUGGAAAAUACUACUAAAAGGAAUAGCUUUGAUUUGGAAACAUUAGGUCUUCUUGAGAAGAAAAGAGACAAAGUUGUUCUUCAUUUGCUGCUUGAGGCUGCUGAAUUAGACAGGAAGUUUCUGAGAACCACCUCAGAUGAGGAAUGUGUUCCCUACCAGCCUGAGGAAAUUGAUGGGCAAGUCAUAAACUUGUCUUCUCCCGAUGUACAAUCUGCUGAUGCUAUUACCUUGGUUCGACAAAAUCAAGCUCUGCUUUGCAAUUUUCUGAUUCGGCGGUUGAAAAAAGAGCAACACUCCAUGCAUGAAAUUCUUAUGCAUUGUCUUGUUUUUUUGUUGCACUCAGCAACAAAGUUAUACUGUGCUCCUGAAGAAGUGAUUGAUAUUAUAUUAGGAUCUGCAGAGUACCUUAGUGCAAUGUUAACCUCAUUUUAUUAUCAGUUCAAAGAAGGCAAUUUGCAGUUGGAUGCAGAAAAGAUGCAUGGUGUACAGCGGCGCUGGACGAUGCUUCAGAGAUUGGUAAUUGCUUCAAGUGGUGGUGAAGGGUCAGACCUUGCUUUCAAUAUCAACAACAGAUUUCGGUGUGGAAGCUUGAUUCCACCUUCAGCCUGGGUGCAGAGAAUAUCUAAAUUUUCUCAGAGUUCUUAUCCCCUUGUUAGAUUUCUUGGUUGGAUGGCAGUAUCUAGAAAUGCAAAACAGUAUAUAAAGGAUAGGCUUUUCCUUGCUACAGAUCUGUCACAACUGACAUGUUUACUCUCCAUAUUUACUGAUGAGCUUGUAGCAGCAGAUAAUGUUGUCAACCAUAAACAAGAAGAUGUAAAGAUUGAACAAUUAGGGGUCAAGCAGGAUUUUCCAAUUCAUAAAGGUCUCGAAAUUUCUGACCAACAAGAUGGAGAUCAAUCUUUUCAUGCUAUCUAUCCUGAUCUCAAUAAGUUAUUUCCGAAUUUGAAAAAUCAAUUUGAAGCUUUUGGGGAGCACAUUUUGGAGGCUGUUGGAUUGCAGCUGCGAUCUCUGUCUUCCAGCACUAUACCUGAUAUCUUGUGUUGGUUUUCUGAUUUGUGCUCUUGGCAAUUUCUUCAAAACAAUCAAGUUGCUUCUCAAAAUGGUUCUGAUCAUUUGAAAGGUUAUGUUGCAAAGAAUGCCAAAGCAAUCAUUCUUUAUAUUCUCGAAGCCAUUGUUAUUGAACACAUGGAUGCUAUGGUGCCAGAGAUGCCUAGAGUGGUGCAAGUAUUGGUGUGUCUGUGUAGAGCCUCAUACUGUGAUGUCCCAUUUCUUGAUUCUGUAAUGCGCUUGUUGAAGCCACUCAUAUCAUAUUCACUGUGUAAGGUAUCUGAUGAGGAAAAAAAAAUUGUUGACGAGUCAUGUCUUAAUUUUGAGUCCCUGUGCUUUGAUGAGCUUUUUGUUGAUAUUAGAGAGAAAAAUAAAAAUGGAGAUGUGCCUGCAGAGAACAACUAUAACAGAGGAUUGACAAUUUUUGUACUGGCUUCUGUCUUUGUGGAUUUAUCCUUUCAACGUAAAAGAGAAAUACUAGAUUCCUUAACUUUGUGGGCUGAUUUUGCUUCUUUUGAGCCAACCAGUUCCUUCCAUGACUACCUCAGUGCAUUUCAGACUGCCCUGGAGAGCUGCAAAGCUUUGUUGGUUCAUACUUUAAGAGUCUUUGGUGUUCUCCCACUUCAGUUGUCCUGCUUUUCUGAUAUCAAUACAGGAUCACUUCCUGACAAUAGCUUGGAGAUGCAUUCAUGGUUUCUCAGUGAUGUCUGCCAUAAUUCUUCUCAACUAAAUAAUUAUGAGCAGAUGGAAAGUAACAAUUUUGAUGGUAUAACCUCACAGAAAAAAGAUCCUCAUUUAUCUGCAGAGGAAAUAGAAGACUUCUGUAAAGGCUUGGAAAAUAUCCUCACCAAGCUUAAUCCAACUAUUGAGCUUUGUUGGAAUCUUCAUCAUCGUUUGGCAAAGAAACUAACUAUUUUAUCGGCUCAGUGUUGUAUGUACUCAAGAUGGUUAGCUUCAAUGGCACCCCAAUUUCAAAAUGUUGAAGAGGAUGGCAAUGAAAGUUCUUUCCCAUCUAAAUCUGCAGAAGAGUUUCCAGUUCAUUGUAGGAUUGGUCUGGAGAGUCUAGCUGAAAUCAUUAUGAAGCUCCAAGAAAACCAUUGCUGGGAAGUGGCAUCUCUAAUGCUUGAUUGUCUACUUGGAGUACCCUAUUGUUUUCAGCUGGAUAAUGUCAUUGAUACAAUUUGUGGUGCAAUAAAAACAUUUUCAUGCAGUGCACCAAAAAUUGCCUGGCGUUUGCAAUCUGAUAAAUGGUUGUCAAUGUUAUUUGUUAGAGGCAUCCAUAGCCUUCAUGAGAGUGAUGGGCCUCUCACUGAUCUAUUUGUUACAUUGCUUGGUCAUUUGGAGCCUGAACAACGCUUCAUAGCUCUUAAGCAUUUAGGUAAACUGGUCGGCCAAGAUGUAAAUGGAAUAGUCCUGCAGUCUUCUGCAUUUUGCAAUAACUUGCUUUCACCAAGCUUAGUUCAUUCAGUACCUGAGCCUUUUCUUUCACUUCUGGUUUCAAGUACAUGGGAUCGGGUGGUUUUGCUGGCAUCAUCUGAUCCAUUUUUACCUUUAAGAAUUAAUGCUAUGGCACUUCUGAUAAGUUACAUCCCAUAUGCUGCUCGGCACCAGUUACAAUCUUUUCUUGCUGCUAUUGAUACUGUUCUUCAUGUUUUGGGAAAGGUUAUCCAUCCAACAUGUGAGGGUACAAUACUACAGCUCUCUUUAGCACUUGUUGCUGGAGCCUGUCUGUACUCUCCUGCUGAAGACAUUUCUUUGAUACCUGAAGAAGUUUGGAGAAAUAUUGAGACCAUAAAAGUUUCUAGAUCGGGACGCAGUGUUGGUGAUUUGGAGAAAAAUGCCUGUGAAGUCUUGUGUAGAUUGAGAAAUGAGGGGGAUGAGGCUAAAGAGGCCCUGAAAGAAGUUCUCUGUUCAAAUUCUUCAAAACAAGUUGACUCGGAGUUGGGAAGCACCCGUGAAGCAGUUCUUCAGGUCCUUGCCAAUCUAACUUCCGUUCAUUCAUACUUUGAGAUUUUCUCCCAAAAAGUUGACGAAGAGGCAAUAGAACUUGAGGAGGCUGAAAUUGAAUUGGACAUUCUUGAAAAAGAAAAUGCUGGGGAAGAAUCGACAAGAGGCACCAAGAAAGAGAGGCAAAUCGGUGGGGUCACUGCUUCUGCAAAGCAUGAUAGCCGUCUUCAGGAAAUCAAGGAUCGGAUUCAUUCUUUAGAUAAAUCCAAACUCCAAGAAGAAAUUAUAGCCCGCAGACAAAAGAAGCAACUCAUGAGACGUGCCCGCCAGAAAUAUCUGGAAGAGGCCACUUUACGAGAAGAGGAACUUCUGCGAGAACUUGAUAGAGAAAGAACAGCUGAAGCAGAAAAGGAGAUUGAGAGACAACGGUUGUUGGAGCUUGAGCGUGCAAAAACUAGGGAACUCCGUCACAAUCUUGAUAUGGAGAAGGAGAGGCAAACACAGAGAGAACUUCAGCGUGAAGUGGAGCAGGCUGAAUCUGGACUAAGAUCAUCACGGCGGGACUUUUCUUCAUCUACUCAUAGCAGGCUUCGGGAAAGGUAUCGCGAGAGGGAAAAUGGAAGAUCAAUUAAUGAAGGGAGUACGAGAAGCAAUAGUAGCAACCUGCAGGCUGAAAUUUCUACAACUAGUUCAUCAAUGGCCAUGCCAGCUGUUGUGUUAUCUGGGUCUCGACCAUUUUCAGGUCCGCCACCAACAAUUCUCCAAUCCCGUGAUCGCAUUGAUGAAUGUGGCAGCAAUUACGAAGAAAAUUUUGAUGGAAGUAAGGACUCAGGCGAUACAGGUAGUGUAGGGGAUCCAGAUUUAAUCUCUGCAUUUGAUGGACAACCAGGUGGAUUUGGGUCUGCUCAAAGGCACGGGUCUAGAGGGAGCAAGUCGAGGCAAGUAAUGGAGCGAAGAGAAAGGGAUGGAAGACGCGAAGGGAAAUGGGAAAGGAAACAUUCAUGACUAUUGUCUUCUGAUGAGAAAAUGCUGGGUUAAGGAUACUGUAUACUUGUGACAAGUUUCACCUUUAAUUCACCUUUGAGAUAGCGAUAUGUUGUACCAGGGUGAAGAAAAUGUGAAUCUUGGGCUAUUUGGUUGUUUGUAUUUUGUUUUUUGUAUUUUGUUUUUACAAUGUAAAACUAUUCUUGCAUGUGUUUCAUUAAUGUAAUACUAUUAUCUUUGGAGAAGCCA